AUGACUAAUUCAAGUCAAGUAAAUGCUGGAACAGUAAGUGCUGCAACAACAUCGGUUGCACACAAUCGUUCAAAUGCUGCCCUAGCACCGGCUGAGAAACCUGCAAAGUUUUCUAGAGUUGACUUCAAGAGAUGGCAGCAAAAGAUGUUCUUCUAUCUGACUACGUUGAGUCUGCAGAGGUUCAUUAAUGAGAAUGUUCCUGUUAUGUCGGAUGAAACUCCGCCUGAAGAACGAUUCUUGGUAACAGAAGCAUGGACACAUUCUGAUUUUUUGUGUAAAAAUUAUAUUCUGAGUGGCCUGCAGGAUGAUCUGUACAAUGUGUACAGUAAUGUGAAAACCUCAAAAGAAUUCUGGGAUGCUUUAGAAAAGAAGUACAAAACAGAGGAUGCCAGAAUGAAGAAGUUUAUUGUGGCAAAGUUUCUGGACUAUAAGAUGAUAGACAAUAAGACCGUCGUCACCCAAGUUCAAGAAUUGCAGGUCAUAAUCCAUGAUCUCCUUGCUGAAGGAUUGGUUGUGAAUGAUGCUUUUCAAGUGGCUGCAAUUAUUGAGAAGUUACCUCCAUUGUGGAAGGACUUUAAAAACUACUUGAAUCAUAAACGCAAAUAGAUGACUGUUGA